CAGAAACGCGUUCCUUCGCCCGAGGCUAACGGCGUCAGCAUGGUCGGGCCCUGGCUGUGCCACCCCGGUCACUACCACAGCUUCCAGUCGUCCGAGGCGCCGCACGCGCUUAAGGAGAGGCCGUCGUACUUGACUUCGCUCGGCCUCUCGCGCACGACGCCCAAGUCGCCGAGCGUCCACUGCCUCAUCUGCCAUCGCGUCCUCGACGCCAACCUCUGCACGUGCUUGGCAUGCGGCCUCGCCGUGCACCGCGCGUGCUUGUCCAAGACGCAGCGAACAAGCUCCAUGAAGCGCGAAGACCGCGUGAUUCCUGUGUGCACCUCGUACCUCGCGCGCACGAUGGCCCCGUCGACGCCGGAAGCGCACCCGACGCCAGCGUCGCCGCAGCUCCAGCUUCUCGAAGAGCUGUCCCUCGACCCACUGCACAUGGUGUCGCCGCGAACGCCCCAAGCUGCUGCCGCGAGCUCCAACGUCGCGCUCCGGUACAUUCGCCGGUACGCGCCGUACGUCGCCGGCGGCGUCCUCGUCGGUGGCGCCGCGGUCAUGGGGAUGCCCAUGAUGGCGCUCACAGGCCUCGGCGUCGGCCUCUCCGCCUCUACCGCGCAGGGGUCCUUAGCGUGGUCGAGCCGCGCGUCCAGCGAGCGCACCAAGGCAGCGAUGGACGUCGACUGGGCCCGGCGCAUCUGUUGGGAGCUCAAGCAAAAGACCGAGAUUGGCGAUAGCUCGUACAAGCAAGACGCAGCGCUUCUGCGCAGGUACCACAACGCGACCGACGCGCCACCAACGACGAACGACGUGUACAUCAUGCUUUUCGGUCUCUGUGCGUCGACGGACGAGCUCCUUGGGCGCGUCAACAGCGCGCUCUGCGAUGCGUUUCGCAGCCGGCGCAAACUCCACCCGUGUCUCAAGCAGACAUUGGAAGACGCGCAAGUGUACGUCGGCCACGUCUUGGCCGUCACGAUGAACACGUACCCUGCGCUCUCGACAACCGACGAGAGCAUCAUGGACGCCACCGAGGCGGUCGAAAAAAUCGUCUACAGGUGCGCGCACUUCACAUUCACACCGCUUUGCACAUCGCGCGUAGUGAUAUCUACUCGACCGUCUUUACUGCCUUUCGCGACGAAUACGCCGCGCACGACGCCACGUUGCGCGCCCGUGUGCGCGAGGUGCGGACUGUGCGGCCAGACAUGUCGACCGAGAGGUACCUCUCGACGGGAUCCUCAAUCGAACGCAUUGAGACGGCGGUCGCGCUCGACGCCCUGUCCUCGAUGCAAGAGCUCAAGUACCCGCUCGGGAAGCUGCACGCGCUCAGCCGCAGCUUUCGCGCGCUUUGCAACGUGGCCGAAGCUCGGUUUGCCUGCGCGGCGAAUGCCGAUAUACUCUUGCCCAUGGUCAUGGACCUCAUCGUGUACGCGCCGACGACGGCAUUCGUCGCGCACCUCGCGUUCGUGUCGACGCUGACGCGUGGCGGCGGACGCGGCGUCGACGGCUACGCGCUCACGACGUUUCAUGUCGCGUUGCGCGCGCUGGCGUCGAUCGACGUGGCGCCCACGAGCGAUGCGGAUGACGACGACGACACUGCAACGACAGACAAUGACGAUGAAUUCUUUGAUGCUAUCGAAGGCUAAGCGCGGCAAAUGGUGUUUUAAUUUAACAUCGCAUGGACGACUCGAGUUGUCUGUCGACGUGUAGACUGCAA